GAUAUUUUACUGUGUGAAUCUUGAAAAGGUAAAUUUUUCUUAUGGUAAUUCCCACAAUAUCUGUUUUUAUUCCUGGAUGGGUCGCCUGUCGCCUUCUUUCACUAGUUUAGUUCGUGGUAUGGUAUGUAAAGUUAGGUUGUAUUGAACGUCUUUGUUUUAUCUUGUAGUUUCAAUAUUUUAUGGAGACUGCUUGUUGAAAGAUGACUAGUUCGCUUUAUGAUUUGAGCGUUUCAUCAGUUAUAUCAUGUUAUCAAACUCUAAAGAAAAUCAACGAUCUUGCAAUGCUUCCGAACAAUAUCUUAUUUGAUAUUUACUACAUGCUCUACUCCAAAGAGAAACUAUGUGAGCUAGGAAUUGAAUUCUCAGACUUGAACACAUUCACUCGAAUGUUAAAGGUGACCAAUAAGAGAAUACAACUAUUGAGAAGUUUUCAGGCUGUCAUAGACCAUGGAAAGCAUGUACACAAAACGUUGACAAUGAACUACCUUUUAAGACGUACUUUUGAAACGCAAAAUAAAAUUAGUUUCAUCAAUUUGGGAAUUCGACUUGGUGGAUUUCUAAGCGAGGCUGGCUGGUUUGCUGAAAGCGAGCGAGUGUUAUCAGAAUGUCUGAACGUUUGCUUGGAACUUCCACCAUCAGUUGAAGCCUGGAGGUAUACAUUGCAAUGCUGUCACAAAUUGUUGUAUGCACAAGCCAUAUUUUCAAUGGUACAAAAAUCGCAGAUGACUCAAAAGCUAGCGGAAGAAUUAGUGGAAAAAUUGAAGGCACAAGGACAAACUAUCAAUUUGGCCAGUCUCUACACCUUGUUCUCGUUUUCUGCUUACUGUAUGAGCAACUAUGAUGAGUCUUACCGAUGGAGUGUGGAAGCGAUCAAGCAGCUAGAUGCGGGUGUAUCGGCGCGCAUCACCAUAGACACGAUGUGCCAGGCGUCGCGCGCAUGCGUGCUCAAGCGCGAGUUCACCAAGGCUGGCAUCCUGGUACGGCAGGCGGUCAGUUUGGCACGCGACACUUUUGGCAAGGAGCACCUGCGAUUCGCAGACACACUGCACGAUUACGGCUUCUACCUGAUGAACUCAGACUCGAUCAAGGACAGUGUGCGCGUCUACGAGACGGCGCUGAACCUGAAGAAGGCCGUGUUCGGGCCCAACAACCUGCAUGUCGCCAUCGCCCAGGAGGACAUGGCCUAUGCACUCUAUGUGCACGAGUACAGUUCCGGACAUUUUGCAAUAGCUAGAGAUCAAGCGGAAAAAGCGAUUAGCACAAUGACAGCGUUGCUUCCUCCCGACCACUUGAUGCUUGCUGCUGCGCAGAGGGUCAAAGCAUUGAUUUUGGAAGAAAUUGCAUUGGACAGUGAACCGGGUACUGACUAUCCUGAAGCAGGUCUACUUAAUGAAGCAGAAUCUCUACAUAAAAACGCAUUGAAGUUGUCCAUAUCAGUAUACGGCGAAUACAACGUUCAAACAGCCAAACACUACGGAAAUCUCGGCAGAUUGUACCAGAGUAUGAAGAAAUUUGAGGAGGCAGAGAUGAUGCAUUUAAAGGCGAUUGCAAUUAAAGAAAAGCUACUGGGAAUGGAAGAUUAUGAAGUGGGUUUGUCCGUUGGCCAUCUAGCCUCGCUUUAUAACUAUCAUAUGAAACAGUUCCGUAAAGCUGAACAACUGUACUUCCGAUCUAUUAGUAUUAAUAUAAAAUUAUUCAGUGAAACCUAUUCGGGACUAGAAUAUGACUACAGAGGCUUAAUACACGUCUAUGAAAAGAUGGGAGAAACUGAAAAGCAAGCUGACUACACUUUGAUUCUCUCUGCCUGGAAGGAUUUGAGAGAACAUUUGAAAGAAGCACAGCCCCUAGUUAUAGCCGAGUUGCAGCCACUUGAGGAAAUUAAAAAAAUAUUCGCGUAGAAUUGUUGAAUGCGUCAGUCUGUCUCAAAUACCGUCAUCUGUCUCAAAUAUUGUGUUUGUGGGUCGAAUUUAACAAAAACGACUGAUAAUCAAGUAAAUGAAGACGGCCAAAACUCAAUUAUUGUAGUCUGAUCAUUCACUUGGUGAGCAUAACGAAUAACUAUUUUAUACUGCCUAACUGCUUCUAUUUUAAUUUCAAGACAAUGUUCAUUUUGUAAAUAUUUGUAUGUAUGUAUGUAUAGUCUGUAUGCCUAGCAUUCUUCAAUAGUGGCUUAAAAACUUUCUACUGCCUUAGAACCCGAAAUUGAAAUGUUGUAGCAAUUUGAAAAUGUGUUGUAUUUGAAAAAUACGCAAUUGAAGAAAUCUGGAUGGAUAGCUAGAUUAACUAUGAAAUUCAUUUUCAUCGUACGUAAAGUUUUACUUAUAGACACACCUUUUAUUCAUUUUUUUUAUUUGAAACCAUCUUUUUACAGAUCUUGAAAUUCAUAUCACAGAAAAAUAAGAAAUUUCAAGUCAGAUCUGUUCAGUUGAAACGCUUCUUAUAGAUUUUACAAUUGCCUGAUUUUGAAAUGAGACUACGAAUAAAAUUAGCAUGUUCUUUAAAUUGAUGUUUAGGUGAUGUAUGACUGUCUAAAGACUAGUUUAUUAUUUCCAGUUCCAAGCAUUUAAGACUCCCUCCAUUUUUCAAUGUUCUUGUUAUUGUCAUCAUUAUCGAACAUCUUGAAAGUUCAUCAUGGAAAUUCAAGAAAAAUAUGUUGAUGUUGAUAUUAUAGCACACAGUUUGAAAGAUGUGUUUAUUGGAACUACAAACUACAAGAGGUUAUUGACUACUUUCUGCGAAUUUUACAAAACUAACUUUUUAUUUGAUAGCCAUCUGCGUUUUCAACUUUUUCUAUAAUUGAUUUUAAUUUUUUGACUAGAUAAGCGAUAAUUUUAUAGACUGUUACGACCAAAGAAACUGACUAUUACAGAAUAUUGCCAGACUCACAUAAAUUGUGCUGAAUUCUCAAAAAAGCUCUCUUUGCGUUGAUUUUGUGAAUCUUCAUGUAUUUUAUAUGCUAUUCGUUUAACUUGCUUUUAAUAUUUUUCAAACAACAAAUGUUUGUAUGGUCUUGAACGGUUGAAUUGUGAAAGUAAUCUAAGCCUUUCUUUAAGUUACUCUAAGUCACUUGAAAUUUGUCUAUAAAACUCUCAUUUAUUAUUUUUAAGUUGAAGAUUUGUUAUAACCUGCAUUUCUCUGUAAAAAAUUGUGUACUUCAAAGAGUUUUAUAUGUUGAAAACACUAUUAUUCUUAAUUAUUGUUAAAUAAAGUUUAUUAUUUCAUGUUUA